AUGCAGUCUACCAAGAAGGCGAAGAAAGAUCCGGGGAGCAAGUCUGGGAAACGGAAGUUGUUCAAUGGCGAGGAGCAACCCGGUGGCUUCAUCAUUGCCCGAGGGCCGAGCGUUCAACCGCCUUCACGCCCGCCAUCCGUUCAACCAUCCGCCACCACGAACGGCACCGGCGAGCCCCCGCCCCCUGCGAAGAGGAAGAAGACAGGUUCGGUUCCGCCCACCACCCCGUCGCGUCUGGACGUACCAAAUCCACGAUCACGCGACCCCGAUGGGCAGGGGCCCUGUAUACCGACGCGCUCGUCCCCCGAGCUGGACGAAGACGCGCAGGCCAUGACGACGGAGGCGGACGAGCUACGACGAUCAUCUCGCAGCUUUUCAACGACCACCACUCCCGCAACCACGCAGAAACACCAGCGACGGCGGUCAGGAGUGAUCCCCGUACACGAUGCAGAGUCGCCAACCAUCGAGCGGAAUCGUGCACUGCGCGGCGAGGACGCGCGAGGGCGAGGAGACGCGCGAACGCCAACGACAGGGCGACGGCGAAGUUCCCUCAGCUCGCGAGGGAAACGGGUCAGCGAUAUCUAUGCCAGUACGGGCGUAAUACCCACUCCCCAUGAGUCUGUGUCUGGCGCUAGCUUUCACAAGCAUAUCGACCACGACCAGCCCGAGCCUGAGCGAUUACGCCAGCUUCUCAUCUGGCACGCAGAUCGCGGCGCGUCCGACACCGAGACCAGUCCCACUCUCACUCCUACCGCACGACAACUAUAUGCCCAUGCCCAAGAAGCCUUUAUCGGAAUGUUGCACGACAAGAAGAUCCACCUUCCAACCUAUCACACCGACUCCUCCAACGACAGCGCCACGAUGAAGCCCAAUAAGUUCAACGUGACGAAUGCUCAGUGGGAUGCGACGUACACGCAGAGAAACGCAGAAGCCGAAGCACGGUACGAAGAAUGGAAUCAAUGCCGUUACACCUAUGACGAGUUCAUCAAGAAGGAACGCGCCAAGCUGGAGAAGGAGAAGCAGGCGGACCUGUCCACGAAGGCGAGGGGGAAACAGCGAGCCGAUGACCCAGAGCUCCCAGAAUCCUACUUUCCCCAGGAGCACCUCAUCCCCGACGAGACCACCCGUCGACACGUCGCUAUUGCCCGCGAAGCCACCACGAGCGGCCCGACACUUGCUCAGAAGCGUCGUCAACGCUUCGACCAGUUCAAGUUCAACGCAGACCAGUUGCGCGACUUCGCACAUAGCGCGCGCACGCUCGUCCGCCUGGCCUCCGACGCGCUCGACGCGCGCUUCGCACAACUCCGUGGGCGGCUCAUCGCCUCGGGUGGCGCGCCGUACGUCGCAGGCGGCGGCAGUGCGGAGGUGCUCAACGCGUACGCGCGCCCGACAGCAGCCGCGCCGGACGCACAGACGUUGUUGCGCGCGCUCUUCCGUGUCGAUGCGCAGCGGCCACAAGCGAGACAGGGCCAGGCGGCGAUGAGCGCGGCGAGGGAAUUGAGGGAGCUGGACGAGCGAGGGGCCGGCGGCGAGCGGAGGCUGACGGCGGGGGUGGUGCCGCCAACGCCCAAGCGGCAGGUGCCGGGGACGCCUAGGCGGGGGACGACGCCGGGCAGGAGCAACACUCCCAAGCGGAGUGGAACACCUGGACGAUGA